UGGUCUUGCCAGUGGUAUGCUGCCAACACUCACUGCUCUCCUCUGCCUCGGGCUAUGUAUGAGCCAGAGGAUAAACACUGAAAAACAGACUCUCCCAAAACCCCUCAUCUGGGCCAGUCCCAGGAACAGGGUUAGAAAAGGACACCCGGUGAACAUCUCGUGCCAGGGGGCUCAGAGUGCUUCUGAAUAUCACCUGUACUUUGAAGGAAGCCUUUUUGCCAUGGAGAAACCAAAGCCGUCUAGAUCAAUGAGUGCAGUCACGUUCUUCAUUUCACAUAUGACCUCACACACUGCAGGGAGAUACAGCUGCUUCUAUCAGAGUGGGGAGCUCUGGUCAGAGUUCAGCAACACCCUGCACCUGGUAAUGACUGGUCUGUAUGACACACCCAACCUCUGGGUUCAUCCAGGGUCUGCAGUAGCCAUAGGGGAGAAUGUUACCUUCUCCUGCCAGUUGAAGAGUGCAACAAACAAAUUCUUUCUGCUCAAGGAGGGAAGAUCUAACCAUGUCCAGCACAGAUACGGGAACACCCAAGCAGAGUUCCCCAUGGGCCCAAUGACCAGAGCCCAGAUAGGAACAUACACAUGUUUUGGCUCUUACAACGACUAUACAUGGUCUUUCCCCAGCAAGUCAGUGCAUCUAUUCAUUGCAGGAGAUGUUGGCAACACCAGCCUUGCACCCACUGACGCUACUUCUUCUUUUGAUUAUUUGGAGUUCAACCUUUCAACCAAAGAAUCAGGAUUACAGACAGACUCUGCCUUGUGGGAUCACACAACCCAGAAUCUCGUUCGGAUUGGUCUGGCAUGCAUAGUCCUGAUGGGUCUAGUCUGCCUUUUGGCUGAAGACUGGCUCAGUAAGAAGAAGGAUAAAGAGGGAACCAACAUAUUAGCAAGUAGGCGAUGCCGGAAAAGAUGGAGAGUGCAACGUUUCCUUGAAGAGUAGCAAAAGGCUGCAAUAUCUACGAGGGAACUGAAGGCAAGUUCUAGUCCUGGGCCCUUGUGCGCUCUAUGGCCCCUGCAGGAAGAGAGAGGUCUUUGACGGAAUGAAGGGCUAGUGUCACCAAGUUUGGCAAAAUGUCCUAAAACACAUGCUGAGAUGAAAUCUUUAAUUUUCUACUAUAGACAAACUCUUGCUGUCUCUGUUAGGCUUUAGGUACUUUAAUGCUUAUUUACUGCAAGCUAUAUAUUUAACCACUCUGGUCUUUCCUAGAAAUAGCUACCUUCCAACGUAAUGCCCAUGGGAAUAUUUCCUUACUACAUUGGUUUUUAUCAGUUUCUUUUUAUUUUAUUUAUUUAUUUUAUGUGUGUGUUUUUCAAACAGUUAUGUCUGUGUACCAAAUGUGUAGCUGGUGUCAGAUCCCUGGGGACUUGAGUUACAGAUGGCUACGAGCUGCCAUUUGGGUGCUGGGAAUUGAACCCAAGUCCUCACACAAGUGCUCUUAACCAUUGAGACAUAUCUUCAGCUCUAUCUUCAAUUUAUUUUAAGCUGUAUGUGCACACAUAUGCUAUAUCUCUCAUAUGAAGGUCAGAGAACACCUUUAUGGGGCCAGUUUUCUCCUUCCACUUUUUAACAAUUAUUUCUUUUUUGAUAUUAUGAUGUAAUUACAUCUUUUCCCCCUCCUUUUCCUCCCUUCAAAU